GGGACCCCAGGCCGCCGCGCACACUUCCCUGCGGCGGUCGGAGCGAGCAGAGCCAGGAGGCGUCAUGGCAGCGGCGUUCCGCAGAGGCUGCGGGGUCCUAAGAAGUCUUUCUCGUGUUGAGUGGCGAGCCCAGCACACGAAAGCGUCUCUCAAGCAGGAGCCAGGAUUAGGGUUUAAUUUUGAGUUGACUGAACAGCAGAAAGAGUUUCAAGCAACUGCUCGGAAGUUUGCCAGAGAGGAAAUCAUCCCAGUCGCUGCAGAGUAUGACAGGACCGGCGAGUACCCAUUCCCCCUCAUUAAAAGAGCCUGGGAGCUUGGCUUGAUCAAUGCACACAUUCCUGAGAAUUGUGGUGGUCUCGGACUGGGAACUUUCGAUGCCUGUUUAAUUACCGAAGAGUUGGCGUAUGGGUGUACAGGGGUACAAACUGCUAUUGAAGCAAAUUCUUUGGGGCAAAUGCCUGUGAUUCUUGCUGGAAAUGAUCAACAAAAGAAGAAGUAUUUGGGGAGGAUGACUGAGCAGCCGAUGAUGUGUGCCUACUGUGUUACAGAGCCGUCAGCAGGCUCUGAUGUGGCUGGUAUUAAGACCAGAGCAGAAAAGAAGGGCGAUGAGUAUGUCAUCAAUGGCCAGAAGAUGUGGAUAACCAACGGUGGGAAGGCGAACUGGUAUUUUUUAUUGGCACGUUCUGAUCCAGAUCCUAAAGCACCUGCUAGUAAAGCUUUUACUGGAUUCAUCGUGGAAGCUGACACCCCAGGAAUACAUAUUGGGAAAAAGGAAUUAAACAUGGGCCAGCGAUGCUCCGAUACCAGAGGAAUCGCCUUUGAAGAUGUCAGAGUGCCCAAGGAGAACGUUUUAAUUGCUGAGGGAGCUGGUUUCAAGAUCGCAAUGGGGGCUUUUGAUAGAACCAGGCCCACAGUAGCAGCUGGUGCUGUCGGGCUGGCCCAGAGAGCUCUGGACGAAGCCACAAAGUAUGCCCUGGAGAGGAAAACAUUUGGAAAGCUGCUAGUAGAGCACCAAGGAGUUUCAUUUCUGCUCGCAGACAUGGCAAUGAAAGUUGAACUGGCCAGACUCAGUUACCAGAGAGCGGCUUGGGAGGUUGACUCUGGCCGCCGGAACACAUACUACGCCUCCAUUGCAAAGGCUUUUGCUGGAGAUAUUGCCAAUCAGUUAGCUACUGAUGCCGUGCAGAUUUUUGGAGGCUAUGGAUUCAACACAGAAUACCCUGUGGAAAAGCUGAUGAGGGAUGCCAAGAUCUAUCAGAUUUAUGAAGGCACUGCACAAAUUCAGAGGCUGAUCAUAGCCCGUGAGCACGUUGGAAAGUAUAAAAAUUAAAGGAAAUUGCAAUUGAAAAGAUGCUUCAUCCUCUGUAACUAAAGAUCAAAGCACUGUUUAUGCUUAUGCGGAAAAAAAGGGCUUUAUCAUCUUUAUCGUCUUUCCAAGGAAAUAAAAGCUGAGUAACACAA